AUGGGUCCGCUGCCUUUGUGCCUGCCAGUAGGGCUGUUCCUGCUGCUUCUGCUGCUGGAACCCGGACUUGGGCUCAGCGCAGCUUCCCAGAGGUCACACGUGCACCGACGUGGAAUCGUUGAGUUGGCAGGGACUGUAAAUUGUGUUGGCACCCGCAAUGCCAUGGCCUACGUGAGGUACGGCUGCUACUGUGGCUUGGGUGGCCAUGGCCUGCCCAGGGACGACAUUGACUGGUGCUGUCAUUCCCACGACUGUUGCUACAAACGUGCCAAGGAAGCUGGCUGCAGUCCCAAGAUAGAGGGCUACUCCUGGAAGUGUGUCGAUCAGCUUAUCGAGUGUGGACCAGCAGAGGACAAAUGUCAAGAACUCAUGUGCAGCUGUGACCGGGAUUUUGCUUACUGUUUAGCCAAUACUGUGUACAACUUAAAGUACCUCUUUUACCCCCGUUUCUUGUGUGGGAGGGGCUCACCCAAGUGUGACUGA